GAAAUACAAGUGCUCAUGUCGUUUGUUUGAAAGUUCAGGCUGGUUGUGCAGACAUGUAAUCAGGCAGAUAGAGAUGGUUGGACUCAAUGGUGAUGAUAUUGAGCAAUUGAAUAUCCCUAAGGAAUAAAUUCUGCCACGGUGGACGAGAGAUGCCAAAUCUGGAGAGAAGUUCACAAUAAACACAACAGAAUGUGAUGCAACAUAUACUUAUGCAGGGAGGUAUCAAGAACUGUGUUCUAGCAUGGUUAUCCUAGCAACAAAAGUCUCAAUGCAUGACAAGGUCUUCUCAAUGGUUAAGGAAAAGAUUGUAGAGCUCACUAAACUAACUUUCCAAAGCCUCCAGACUCAAGAAACUGAGCAAACAGUACCUGUUGGAACCACUAGUACAUCACCCUCACUAAGCGCUGCUGCUUCAACUACGAAUGAGAAUGACAAGUAUGCCAAUGUGAAGGGAUUCAAGGCUCGACAUGACCCAUGGAAAUCAAAGAAGAGGCCAAAAGGUGGACUUGAGAUAGUGCUGGAGAGGGCUAGAAAGCAAAGAAUUGAUGAACAGGCUGCCAACAAGCGUUACAAAAGCAACAAUGAGUGAUUAGUCUCCUAGUUGUUAUCCAUGCUUUUUUUAUCU